GCGGUGCCGGGGGCGGGGUCAUGGUGAAGGGCGGGACAGACCCGGACGGCGGGAGUGCCAGCCUAGGCUUGGGCGGCAGAAGUGGCAGAGGUGGCCCUUGCCCGUGGUCUCGUUCGUUUGUGCGCGACUUUGGCACCAUGGAGGGGACCCAAGAAGCUCUGAGUGGGAAAAUGCGGCUCCUUUUCACCCCUGCUGCUCGGACCAGCCUUAUGAUGCUUAGGCUCAACGAGGCGGCGCUACGGGCAUUGCAAGAGUGUCAGCAGCAACAGGUACGGCCUGUGAUCGCUUUCCAAGGCCACCGAGGGUAUCUAAGGCUUCCAGGCCCUGGAUGGUCCUGCCUCUUCUCCUUCAUAGUAUCCCAGUGUGGCCAAGAGGGCACUAGUGGCGGCUUGGAUCUUGUGUACCAACGUUUAGGCAGAUCUGGGCCGAACUGUCUCCACUGCCUGGGCUCACCGAGAGAGCGACUCACUAUUUGGGCAGCCAUGGAUACUAUCCCAGCCCCACUGUUAGCUCAUGAACACCUGACUGAAGAUCCCAGAGAGUCCGAGAGUUGGCAGGACACUGGAGAUGCUCCUGAAGGCCAUCCCCAGAUGGCACUAGAAGAGGUAUCUGACCCACUGGCAAGCAACCACGGACAGUCACUCCCAGGAUCCUCCAGUGAGCCCAUGGCACAAUGGGAAGUGAGGAACCACACCUAUCUUCCAAACAGAGAGCCGGACCAACCACCGUCUUCCCCUGCCAACCUGAAACGCCUGGACAAGAAACGUUCAGCACCUAUAACCACUGAAGAACCAGAGGAAAAGAGGCUCAGAGCUUUGCCUCCUGCCCCAAGUCCACAAGGGCUAUCAAAUCAGGACUCCCAAGAGGGAGGAAACUGGGUGCAAGAUGAAGAUGGAGAUUCCACGCUGGAGCAGAGUCUCUCGGAUCAAGCAGCCUCUGAAUCCCCAAGCCCCAAGGAGGUACCAGAUUAUCUCCUGCAAUACGGAGCCAUCCACAGCACAGAGCAGCAACAGGCCUACGAGCAGGACUUUGAGACAGACUACGCUGAAUACCGUAUUCUGCAUGCCCGUGUUGGGGCUGCCAGCCAAAGGUUCACAGAGCUGGGGGCGGAGAUCAAGAGACUUGAGCGAGGAACCCCAGAACACAAGGUGCUAGAAGAUAAAAUAGUCCAGGAGUAUAGAAAGUUCAGGAAGGUAAGACAGGCUGCAAGCAGUAAGCAGGAAGGUGGAAGCCGCUUUCCUUUUUACAAGAGUGUUUCUCUCUGCAGCGGUAUCCAAGCUACCAAGAGGAGAAGCAUCGCUGUGAGUACCUGCAUCAGAAAUUGUCCCACAUUAAAGGUCUCAUCCUGGAGUUUGAGGAAAAGAACAGGGGCAGCUGAAACCAUGCAGAGGCCUUUCGAGCCUGUGCCCAGUGAUGAAGAACACAGCUCUAAGGUGGAGCAGCAGCACAUCUGCUUUUCUGAUUUUGACCCUUCCAUCCAAGGUGGCAAGCAGAGAGUCAUGCUAGGUUCUUGCAGUUUGGUUUUUGUUAUUGCCGUUAAUUUUGUAGGGUGUGGGCAUGGAGUCAAGUCUCCUCAGCUGUGCCCAGGAGACUAGAAAAGUAGCAGACGCUUGGCUUCCUCAGCUCUACUUCAGCUAAGUCAUUUUCAGAUCCUGAAAAAUGACAUUUCCAGAUCGACACACACUUUGAGAAUAUUAGACAAGUGAGUUUAGCUAAGUGGCCUUGCAGGAAGAAAAUGAGAACUUCUGGUGUCAUAGCAUACCUCGAUGUAAGGGAAAGGGCUUGGCAUUACUCACGUACUGUAACAUGGCUGAAAAUGAAAACCAAUUGCUUCUGUCCUGUGUGAUCAUUAAUCUUAAUCAUCCAAUGUGUGCUGUGUAUGUGACUUUCUCUGAGGCUGAAAGACUGAAUCCCCAUGUUCCAGCCCAAGCGUUAUGGUCAUCUUUACUGUGCUAGAUACAUGCUCCUCCACUAAACAACACUACCUUCCCCCACCCCAACAUGUUCUUAAAUCAUUAUGUAAGAUCCAGAUGUGCAUUUUGUUAUCAGGCCCUAUCAGAAAGUCACAGGGAAUUAAGGCUAUAUAUCUAGAAUUAUGAGGAAGAGACCUAGUCAGUCAUCCUCAUCAACUUAGACUAUGAAAUCCAAUAUGGACAAGUUCCACAGAGCCGCCAUAUACGGGCUGCCGAUGCAUGCUUCACCACAGCCAGGGCAUACAUUUCAUUCAAUUUCAUCUAGAAUUACCCUGGGCUGAAAGCUAUAAUUAUGGACAAGAGUCUGAUUUAGCUACAAAGAGGGUCCAUAUUUUAAUCCAUUCAAAAGAAUACAUCUUGUAGGCUCUUGUUCUUGCCAGUGAUAUAUGUUUCCGUUUUACUGGAACGAAAUUUAAUGGCAAUACCCAAAGAUCUGGGGAGAGAUACACCCAGCAGUAUCACUAUUCUUCAAACUGAAUGGAACCCCAUACUGAUGUCACACUGGCACGGGGCAUUUCUGGGCAGGAGGUAUGAACAUGCAGAAAGCUUGGCUCUGUGGCAAAGAUAAGCAGUUAUCCAUCUUCAAGACAGGAAUAAAGGCAAAACAACUGUAAUCUUAGUACCUGGGGGCUGAGCAGGGUAGACUGUCCUAAGUUAAAGGCCAGCCUUGGCUACAGGAGAUUGAGAAAUUAAGAUUUAGAGAUGGUAACUGGACCUAGUCAGUCUGAGGUUACAGGGAUCAGUGUAGCGUACUAUGAUGCCUUAAAUUUUUUUUUUAAACAUUUAUUUAUUAUGUAUACAAUAUUCUGUCUGUGUGUAUGCCAGGCCAGAAGAGGGCGUCAGACCUCAUUACAGAUGGUUGUGAGCCACCAUGUGGUUGCUGGGAAUUGAACUCAGGACCUUUGGAAGAGCAGGCAAUGCUCUUAACCACCAAGCCAUCUCUCCAGCCCCCGAUGCCUUAAACUUUUUUCCAGAUAGUUUAAGAUGCUAGCCUUAAACCUGCUACACAGCCAAGGAUGACCCUGUAGUGUUUGGAUUACAGGUGUGU